GUGACAAGUUUCACGACCUCAAGAAGGAAAUAUUGCAGGAUACGGCGGCCAUGAACAGGUCCCCAUUCUUGCUGAUGCUGCCAGUCCUCGGCACGACGAAACUGGAUGCUCAGAGCUUCCGAGAUCGCGCCGGGGGUGCAUGGAGCACGAUUGGCGUGGUUGCUGCGCUCAUCCUCACCAUGAGCAACUUCACAGAGAACGUGGAGUGCGAUGACUACACGGUGUCCUUGUUUCGAAGUGCAUCAGUCUGCAACAGCCUGCAUCCCAUCCUGUCCUUCGUGGCCAUGCUAUCUUGCACGGUGUCAGCGAUCAUGUCAACGAUUUUGUACAUGAUGAUUGGCUUCGUCCCGGAUGAGUACAUUCGCGAGUGGGCGCAAGGCAUCUCCUGGAUUCUUGAAGCUCCAACGUUUAGCUUCAUCGCUGGCAUAGUUGCCUGGGCCCUGGAUAUCCUUUUCCAAGGUGCCUUGCAUGUGCAGGUAUUCUGCUUUUAA